UGGCCGCCGAAUGGCCCGCAACUACUAAUUAUCUAUAUUUGACUUAUAAUGCGUGCAAUACUGACAUUGAGUGCAGUAGCGGAGGAGUUAUGGUUUUAGGCAGUGGUGUCUAUCGUAUUGGCUCUUCAGUCGAGUUCGACUGCUGUGCCGUUGGAUGUGUUCAGGAACUCAAAAAGAUGAACAAAACAACAAUUAUGGUCAACUGUAACCCCGAGACUGUGAGCACAGACUAUGAUAUGUGUGACCGACUAUAUUUCGAAGAAAUCUCUUUUGAGACAGUUAUGGAGAUCUACGACAUCGAAGCACCGGAAGGAAUAAUCCUAAGUAUGGGCGGACAACUGCCUAAUAAUAUAGCUAUGGAUUUAUUCGGACAAAAAGUGCGAAUAUUAGGCACUUCUCCCGAAUCGAUAGAUAACGCCGAAAAUAGAUUCAAAUUUUCCCGAUUAUUGGACAGUAAAGAAAUCGGUCAACCGGUUUGGGAACUCGUCUCUGAUAUCGAAACGGCCAAAAAAUUUUGUCUAAAGAACGGAUAUCCGUGUAUUGUUCGGCCGUCAUAUGUCCUCUCGGGUGCGGCCAUGAAUGUCGCCAAUUCUGCCAGAAAUUUGGAAAACUAUUUGAAAGAAGCGACGGCUGUUUGUAACGAACAUCCGGUGGUUAUAUCGAAAUUCAUAACCGAAGCAAAAGAGAUAGAUGUGGACGCAGUGGCACAAGACGGACAACUCAUAUGUAUGGCUGUGUCAGAGCACGUGGAGAACGCUGGCGUCCAUUCGGGUGACGCCACUCUUGUCACUCCACCGCAAGACUUGACGAGCAAAACGUUGGCCAACAUUAGGAAGAUAUGCGAAGCUAUUGGCAAAGAGCUGUUAGUGAACGGACCCUAUAAUAUGCAACUCAUCGCUAAGAACGACGACUUGCAAGUGAUUGAAUGCAAUCUCAGAAUCUCCCGAUCCUUUCCAUUCGUGUCGAAGACAUUGGACUGCGAUUUGGUUGCUUUGGCCACAAGAGUUAUUAUGGGAGUUAAAGUGACGCCAAUUGAUCCAAUCCCUGGAAACGAGUCUCGAAAUAGUUUUUAUAACUCCAAAAGAGUUGGCGUAAAAGUACCCCAAUUCUCGUUCUCACGACUCAGCGGAGCAGACGUGACGCUCGGCGUAGAGAUGGCCAGCACUGGAGAAGUGGCCUGUUUUGGAGAGAAUAGAUACGAAGCAUAUCUAAAGGCAAUGCUUUCCACUGGUUUUCGUAUCCCUAUUAAGAAGAGGGCAUUGCUUUCCAUUGGACAGCACCGACAAAAAGAGGAACUCUUGCCCAGCAUUAGAACUUUAGCCAAAAUGGGAUUUAAAUUGUUUGGAAGUUUAGGAACCGCUGAUUUCUAUAACGAAAAGGGCAUUGAAGUGGAAGCGGUUGAAUGGCCUUUCGAUGAUGAGGACAAAGGAAGUCGACUCAAUGAUAUCGCGCAAUACCUGUCCACUAAAGAGUUUGAUUUAGUGAUCAAUUUGCCGAUGAGAAACACAGGCGCCAGAAGAGUGUCGACAAUCGGUUAUUACGCGCGAAGGUUUGCAGUCGAUUAUUCGGUGCCACUUAUAUCGGACGUGAAGUGCACUAAACUAUUAGUUCAGGCGUUGAGACUAAUUGAUGGCAGACCUGCCGUCAAGACUCACAUCGAUUGCUUGACCGCCAGAAAGAUUGUGCGACUGCCGGGUCUUAUAGACAUUCACGUACACCUCAGAGAACCGGGCGAUAGUCAUAAGGAGGACUGUUAUUGCUUGACCGCCAGAAAGAUUGUGCGACUGCCGGGUCUUAUAGACAUUCACGUACACCUCAGAGAACCGGGCGAUAGUCAUAAGGAGGACUGGCAAAGUGGGACGGGAGCGGCACUCGCCGGUGGAUUCACUUUGAUUGGAGUCGUGAGUUAUAAUUACACCAAUAUAUUUGUUAAGUUGUAUUCAUAUUAUAUGCCGAAUACAAAGCCUUCGAUCACUAACGCAGACAACUAUACACUUGUGUCCGAUUUGGCCGCAACCGGCGCUAAAUGCGAUUACGGGUUGUAUUUGGCGGCCACGGCUGACAAUUCGGAACUUGUGGCCAAAUUAGCUCAAAAUCAACGCGUCUUUGCAUUGAAAAUAAUAUAUUGCUUGACCGCCAGAAAGAUUGUGCGACUGCCGGGUCUUAUAGACAUUCACGUACACCUCAGAGAACCGGGCGAUAGUCAUAAGGAGGACUGGCAAAGCGGGACGGGAGCGGCACUCGCCGGUGGAUUCACUUUGAUUGGAGUCGUGAGUUAUAAUUACACCAAUAUAUUUGUUAAGUUGUAUUCAUAUUAUAUGCCGAAUACAAAGCCUUCGAUCACUAACGCAGAGAACUAUACACUUGUGUCCGAUUUGGCCGCAACCGGCGCUAAAUGCGAUUACGGGUUGUAUUUGGCGGCAACGGCUGACAAUUCUGAACUCGUGGCCAAAUUAGCUCAAAAUCAACGCGUCUUUGCAUUGAAAAUGUAUUUAAAUAAUACUUUUGGAGACUUAUGUUUGCCUGAUAUGACUGAUUGGAUAAAACAUUUGCAAAAUUGGCCAAAGAAUAUACCCAUUUGUGCCCACGCGGAGAGACAGACAACUGCUGCCAUCAUAUCAUUGGCCCAUCUCUACGACCAACCAAUACAUAUCUGUCACGUGGCGCGAGAAGAAGAGAUUCUCGUGAUUAAAGCUGCCAAAGAGAAAGGCGUGAAAGUGACGUGUGAAGUGUCACCACAUCAUCUGUUCCUUAGCGAAGAAGACAUCCCCAAAAUGGGUGGUCAGCACCGAUCCACUGUCAAGCCCUGCUUAGUGUCACUUAGAGAUCAAAAGGCAUUAUGGGAUAACUUGAAUGUAAUCGAUAUCUUCGCCUCAGACCACGCGCCACAUCUCAGCUCCGAAAAAGUUGGACCAAAUUCUCCGCCGGGUUUUCCAGGCCUCGAGACAACUCUUCCACUCCUAUUAACAGCCGUUAAAGAGAACAGAUUAUCGAUUAAUGAUUUGAUGAAAAAGUUGUAUUGGAAUCCAAAAAAGAUAUUCAAUAUUCCGGACCAAAAGGACACUUAUAUUGAAGUGGAUUUAGACGAAGAGUGGACAAUACCCGAAGCGAUGCCCUUUUCAAAGGCCGGUUGGACUCCAUUUGCGGGAAGAAGUGUUUUCGGAAGAGUUCGGAGAGUUAUUCUUCGAAAUGAAGUGGUGUUCGUUGACGGAAGAGUCUUAGUGUCGGCCGGUUUUGGACACAAUAUUUUCAGUUCAAAUCUUCCCGUAUCUCAAGUAUCUCUGAGUUCAACACAAACUGAGACAACAAUUGGUUUUGAUUUAAUGGAAAGCAAUGCAACCGAUGAAAGGAUAACAGAAGGAAAUGACAAACGAAUACAACAGACAACAGAAAUAUAUUCAGAAAUGUUUAAAGAACUGGGAAUUCCUUCACAAACACAGGUUCUUAAACCACUUUCAGUAUUACUCAACAGUCCGUCAUCUGGUGUUCGGUUGAGUGCAGCGCUCUCUCCGGUGCCGCCGACCGGUCAGCAAAAUCUUUACGGUCAGCACAUAUUGUCGAUCGACGACUUCAAUAGAGAACAAAUGCACGAGUUAUUCAAUUUGGCCCAUAAAAUGAGAUUAUGUGUCGUUAAUGACCGGCCGUUAGAAAGAGACAACAAUCAGAUCAUUCAUUUAACCGAUAUAUUGAAGGGCAAAGUCAUGGCUUCGAUCUUCUAUGAGGUGAGCACAAGAACGAGCUGUUCGUUUGCGGCAGCGAUGCAACGAUUGGGCGGAUCUGUUAUAUACCUCAACGAAGAGUCCUCUUCAGUGAAAAAAGGCGAAUCUCUUGAGGAUUCAGUUUAUGUGAUGUCUAAUUACAGCGAUGUAGUUGUGUUGAGACAUCCACAGAAAGGAGCCGUAUAUAGAGUGGCGCACUCAAGAAAGUGGACCAAACCUAUCAUCAAUGCUGGCGAUGGUGUGGGAGAACACCCGACACAAGCAUUGCUCGACAUAUUCACCAUAAGAGAAGUGAUCGGAACUGUCAAUAACUUA